CCCCCGGACUGAGUGGGGCCCGGGCAGAAUCUGUGCACCCUGCGCCCGAGAAGCCCCCGUUGGCCUGGGGUGGCUGAGGGACUAAGCCCCCCAGAGCAGGACCUCCCCCUGGAAGGGCCGCGCCGCAGCCCGUGGGAGGGCCUCGCCCCCGGCGUCCCCCAUCUCCACUCGCCGCCGUCCCGGCCUCCGCCGGAGGGAGGGGCCGAGCGCCCUCGGGGGGCCGUGGACCCCGGCGUUCUGAGCGUUUCGCGCCCCGUGCCGCCCGGCCCCCCCGCCGCCGAUGGCCGCCGACCCGCCGGGAGCUGCCGAGAAGGGAGAGAUGGCUCCCGGGACACGUGUGAGCCCUCGGCGUUGCUGACGCCCCCAAUGUCGUCGAGCAGCCGGGGGCCGGGGGCCGGAGCGCGCCGACGCCGAACCCGCUGCCGCCGCUGCCGGGCCUGUGUGCGAACUGAGUGCGGGGACUGCCACUUCUGCCGAGACAUGAAGAAGUUUGGGGGGCCCGGGCGCAUGAAGCAGUCGUGCCUGCUCCGGCAGUGCACUGCCCCUGUGCUCCCACACACAGCUGUAUGCCUCUUGUGUGGGGAGGCUGGGAAGGAGGACACAGUGGAGGGAGAGGAAGAGAAAUUUGGUUUGAGCCUCAUGGAGUGUACAAUCUGCAACGAGAUCGUCCACCCUGGCUGCCUGAAGAUGGGGAAGGCUGAGGGUGUCAUCAAUGCAGAGAUCCCCAACUGCUGGGAGUGCCCUCGCUGCACCCAGGAAGGCCGGACCAGCAAGGAUUCAGGUGAGGGACCAGGCCGCCGCAGGGCUGACAACGGCGAGGAGGGCGCCAGCCUGGGGAGUGGAUGGAAGCUGACGGAGGAGCCGCCACUUCCACCACCCCCACCCAGGCGCAAGGGUCCCCUACCUGCUGGGCCCCCCCCAGAGGACGUGCCUGGGCCCCCCAAAAGAAAGGAGAGGGAGGCAGGGAAUGAGCCCCCUACCCCAAGGAAAAAGGUGAAAGGAGGCCGAGAGAGGCACCUGAAGAAGGUGGGUGGAGACGCCUGCCUCCUCCGAGGAUCGGACCCAGGCGGCCCCGGCCUUCUGCCCCCCAGGGUUCUGAAUCCGAGCCAGGCUUUCUCGUCCUGCCACCCUGGGCUCCCUCCCGAGAACUGGGAGAAACCAAAGCCGCCUUUGGCCUCUGCGGAGGGCCCGGCGGUGCCGUCCCCAUCACCCCAGAGGGAGAAGCUAGAGCGUUUCAAGCGGAUGUGCCAGCUGCUGGAGCGGGUGCCUGACACCUCCUCGUCCUCGUCGGACUCCGACUCGGACUCCGACUCGUCAGGCACAUCCCUGAGUGAGGAUGAGGCUCCUGGGGAGGCCCGGAACGGGCGACGGCCAGCACGGGGCAGCUCAGGCGAGAAGGAGAACCGCGGGGGGCGGCGGGCUGUGCGCCCCGGCAGUGGGGGACCCCUCCUCAGCUGGCCCCUGGGCCCCGCCCCCCCGCCCCGGCCCCCACAGCUGGAGCGGCACGUGGUGCGGCCCCCACCUCGAAGCCCCGAGCCCGACACGCUGCCUCUGGCUGCCGGAUCCGACCACCCCCUGCCCCGAGCCGCCUGGCUUCGAGUCUUCCAGCACCUCGGGCCCCGAGAGCUAUGCAUUUGCAUGCGAGUCUGCCGGACUUGGAGCCGCUGGUGCUACGACAAGCGUCUGUGGCCUCGAAUGGACCUGAGCCGGCGGAAGUCACUGACCCCGCCCAUGCUUAGUGGUGUGGUUCGUCGCCAGCCUCGAGCUCUGGACCUCAGCUGGACAGGUGUCUCCAAGAAGCAGCUCAUGUGGCUUCUGAACCGACUGCAAGGCCUGCAGGAGCUGGUGCUCUCUGGCUGCUCCUGGCUCUCCGUCUCCGCCCUGGGUUCAGCCCCACUGCCGGCCCUGCGGCUCCUGGACCUCCGCUGGAUCGAGGAUGUUAAAGACUCCCAGCUCCGAGAGCUGCUGCUGCCUCCGCCAGACACCAAACCAGGGCAAACGGAGAGCCGUGGGCGGCUGCAGGGGGUAGCUGAGCUGCGCCUGGCCGGCCUGGAGCUGACGGAUGCCUCCUUGCGGCUUCUGCUGCGCCACGCACCCCAGCUGAGCGCCCUGGACCUAAGCCACUGCGCCCACGUUGGGGAUCCCAGCGUCCACCUCCUCACGGCCCCCACCUCCCCGCUCCGAGAGACCCUGGUGCACCUCAACCUCGCCGGUUGCCACCGCCUCACGGACCACUGCCUCCCGCUGUUUCGCCGCUGCCCGCGCCUACGCCGCCUAGACCUGCGCUCCUGCCGCCAGCUCUCCCCUGAAGCUUGUGCCCGGCUGGCAGCUGCCGGGCCCCCUGGCCCCUUCCGCUGCCCAGAGGAGAAGCUACUUCUCAAGGACAGCUAGUUGGGUGCCCCCCACCCUCCCCCAGGACUCAUUAGGAGCCUGGACCUCAGGCCUUCAUUUCACCCCUGCCAGGAGGCCAGGUUCCCCACCUCAUGACUAGGGAUUCCUGCCCAGGGACUUGAGCCAGCCUCCCCGCCUCUACCCCCUGCACUGAUAUCUCUGGGGGUCUCUCCUUCCCAUCCCCUCCCCCUUCCACCUGCUUCAUUGUCCAUCCCCUGGGGGGA